AGGCAGAGCCUGGGGAGGGGGGCAGAGUGACCUUCCGUCUACUGGCUCACUCCCCAGAUGGCCGUGGGGCUGGGCCAAGCCGAAACCUGGAACUCCCUCUCGUGGGUGCAGGGGCCCAAGCACUUGGAGCACCUGUGCUGCUUUCCCAGGCGCGUUAGCAAGGAGCUUGGAUCGGAAGUGGAGCAAGUGCUCCUAUGGGCUGCGGGUGUCGCAGGUGGUGGGUUUUCUAAAAGCAGUGGACAGUCUCUCAGGCUGGCCCCCCGGCCACCGGCCUCUGCUUCCUGCUCCCUGAGCCCCGCUGCCUGCAUGCCUUCUCUGAGCCCCUCUGCUCUGUCGGUUUUGAAAAAACAGACUGUGACAAUGACACGUGGGAGGGGCCAAGAAAGGCCCUCGGUCAAGGGCGGCGACGCUGGAGCGGGGUUGUCUUUGCAGGGAGGCGGCAGCUGGGGCAGGGAAGGGCCAGGCCGGGGCAUCUGGCUGUGCCCAGUGCAACUCGGGGACAGGUCCGAGGCCGGAGCGGGCGGCGGGCGGGGGAGCCCGGCUCCCCGCCCGAAGGCCCCUGGCUCACCCCUGCCCUCCGCUCCCCAGGACCGAGGCUCCGCCAUCCCGAGCAGGCCUGGGAUGGGGAGUGGCGUAAAAGAAGGCUCGGUGGCUCUGCGGGAGGAUGCUCAGGCCGUCCUGCCCUCGCCCGUCUCGUCAAAGAGUGACCACAGGCAAGUGCUCAGCUCCCUCCUGUCCGGGGCCCUGGCUGGCGCCCUCGCCAAGACGGCGGUAGCUCCCCUGGACCGAACCAAAAUCAUCUUCCAAGUGUCUUCUAAACGGUUUUCUGCCAAGGAGGCCUUCCGGCUCCUCUACUUCACCUACCUCAACGAGGGCUUCCUGAGCCUGUGGCGCGGGAACUCGGCCACCAUGGUGCGCGUGGUGCCCUACGCCGCCAUCCAGUUCAGCGCGCACGAGGAGUACAAGCGGGUCCUGGGCCGCUACUACGGCUUCCGUGGAGAAGCCCUGCCGCCUUGGCCUCGCCUCCUCGCUGGCGCCCUGGCCGGGACCACGGCCGCUUCCCUGACGUACCCCCUGGACCUGGUCAGAGCCCGCAUGGCCGUGACCCCAAAGGAGAUGUACAGCAACAUCUUCCACGUGUUCAUCCGCAUCUCCCGGGAAGAGGGGCUGAAGACCCUGUACCACGGCUUCACGCCCACCGUGCUGGGGGUCAUCCCCUACGCGGGGCUCAGCUUCUUCACCUACGAGACCCUCAAGAGCCUGCACCGCGAGUACAGCGGCCGCCGGCAGCCCUACCCCUUCGAGCGCAUGAUCUUCGGGGCCUGCGCCGGCCUCAUCGGGCAGUCGGCCUCGUACCCGCUCGACGUGGUGCGGCGGCGCAUGCAGACGGCGGGCGUCACGGGCCACCCGCGCGCCUCCAUCGUGGGCACGCUGCGCACCAUCGUGCGGGAGGAGGGCGCCGUGCGCGGCCUGUACAAGGGCCUGAGCAUGAACUGGCUCAAGGGCCCCAUCGCCGUGGGCAUCAGCUUCACCACCUUCGACCUCACGCAGAUCCUGCUGCGGCGCCUGCAGAGCUAGGGGCCCGCAGCGCGGGCGGGAACCGAGCCCGCGGAACAAGGGCGCGCGCGCAUGCGCGUGGCUCAGCCCUGGAGCCUGGUCGGGGCCCUUGGUGGCAACGAACGGGCGGGCCUGGGCUCCGAGCCCACAGGGCCAGGCGCGAAACGGGGGCCUUCAAGUGCAAUGUGGGGUGGGGGUGCAGGGGGUCUCGGGGCGGGGGCUGCCUCUAGGGGGUGUGGCCUGAAAGGUUGGCCCCGCCCUUGGCGCCCUGUCUGCUGGGGGGCCGCACUGCUGCUGUGAGUGACCCGGUUCCGCCCUCUGUGCGUGCGUGGCGCGCUCCCCGCAGCCGGACUCUGGCCGGGAUGGGACGAGCCUCGUGCUCAGCUUCAGCCCCCAACGCAGCCCCGCCCCGCCUGUCCUGCCUUCGCCAUUGCUGCCCAGGUGACAGCGGCUUCUCCCCGAGAGAGCUCGGCCCAGCCCAGACUCCACGGUCGGGGGAGGGCUGGGGGCGGGAGCGGUGCCUGCCCUGUUUGCAACGUUCCCGGGAGGGUCCUGCUCCUUCCGUGCCGCCCGCCCCACACACCGGUGUCAGGGUCUGGUCUGGCUCCCAGCCUGGGGGGGUGUCUGCCGCAAACAGCCCCCCAGGUCCCGGCCCUCUGCCCAGCCGCGGCACCCGUGGGUCCCUGGCGCAGACCCAGCCAUUUAGGACGACGAAGGCUUGGAUUUCCGUGUGUGGGGCGGACAGGUGGCGGGGACCCUGGCCCUCCCCGCGUGGGGUGGGGGACACGGAGGAGUCGGGGGCCCUGGGGGCACCCCCACCUCCUAACGUUUGGGGCUUGUUUGGUGGCUGUUUCACCUUGGCCGGCCCCAGCUCAGUGGCCGCCUGGUGGAAAGGGACCCGCACACGUGCGCCCCCCCUUCUUCCCGCCACGGAGCCACGGGUGUGAAAACCCCUCGUGGGCCAUCCCCCAUCUCAGCCCCGUCUUCCCCGCACUGCGCCCCCUCUCGGCCUUGCCCGGCUCUGCAGGUGAGGAGGCCGGGGCGCCCCUCCCGGAGCCUGGAGCGGGACGGAGCGAGGGCAGGGGACGCAGGCACGGGGGACCCCCCUCUGGGCCCCAGGCCGCCGCCCCUGGGCGGGAGUUCUAUUUUGAUGCCAUGAAGAUAUUGUUUAUAUAUAAUGUUUAUAUAUUUUAAAAUUUGUGCCAAGAGUAUAUUUAAUAAAAAUCCGAAUGACUUCUC